UCUCGCUCUCGCUCUCGCUCGUUUCUGUGCGAGUGUCCUACAAAAGCUUCAAACCCUAGGAAUCUCUCAAAUCUCAUUCACUCCUCUUCUUCUCUCUACAAGCUCUCUGUAUUGGUUUCUCUCUCUCUCUCUCUCUUUCUCUUUGCUCUGUUUCUCUGACGGCUAAUCACUGCCGUCCGUUUCUCUGGAUCUUCUCUCCGAACUUAUCGACCCUCCGAUGGCCGAAGGCAAGCUCAAUCUUCCCGAUGAUCUCCUCUCUUCCAAACCCUCCGAUCACUCUUGGACCCCCAAAGUGGAAGUUUCCAGAGGUAAUGAUGAUGAAAAGGUGGCGUUAGGGCUGCUUGAUGAUGCGAAAGUUGCUUCAGAUCAAGCAGCAUCAGAAAGUAGCAUUCCUUUGUCUCCCCAGUGGCUUUAUGCUAAACCGAGUGAGACUAAGAUGGAAAUGCGUCAACCAAGUUCUCUGUCUCUUGGAAAUCCUGUUGAUCCCAAUCAGAAGGAGGGCUGGCGUCCAGAAGUCCCGGAGGACAAAAGAGAUUGGAGAAAAAUUGCAACUGAGACUGAUAGCAGUCGUCGCUGGCGUGAAGAAGAGAGGGAAACUGGCUUGCUUGGUAGAAGAGAUCGCAGGAAGACUGAUCGUCGUGUUGAUAACACUCCAGUUAGAGAAAAUACUGACAAUAAGGCUUUGUCCUCUGAUAGGUGGCAUGAUGUUAGUAAUCGCAGUUCUGCACAUGAUACUCGCCGUGAUAGCAAGUGGUCAUCUAGGUGGGGUCCUGAUGACAAAGAUAAGGAAACCCGGACUGAAAAAAGGGCAGAUGCAGAGAAGGAUGAUACUCAUAGUGAUAAUCAAUCAUUUGUAAGUAGCAACUCCCGUGCAGCUCCUGAUCGUGACACGGAUUCACGUGACAAGUGGAGGCCACGCCAUAGGAUGGAGGGAAAUUCUAGUGGGCCAGGUUCCUACCGUGCUGCACCUGGGUUUGGACUGGAGAGAGGAAGGGCAGAGGGUUCUAAUAUGGGGUUUACUAUAGGACGGGGAAGAUCUAGUGUAUCAGUUGUAAGACCUUCAUCUGCAGGUUCCCUUAUUGCUGCUCAAGUUGACCGGACUGAAAGUGUCCCUGGUAAACCGUGUUCCUCAGCUGAUACAUUUUGCUACCCGAGGGGGAAGCUUCUUGACAUUUACCGCAGGCAAAAACUAGAUCGGUAUUUUGAUGCGAUUCCUGACCAGAUGGAGGAAGUUCCACAUGUGACACAAGUUACUGUUAUUGAGCCAUUGGCUUUCGUUGCUCCUGAUGCACAAGAGGAGGGUAUACUUGGAGAUAUAUGGAAGGGAAAAAUCACCAGUAGUGGGGUGUUGUACAGUUCAUUUAAAAAAGGCAGAUCAACUGAUAACAUUGCAGAUGCUGGAGACUUGGAACCCACCAAUGGGAAGCACGGUAGCCUUCCCUCAAUUAUCACUGAUGAGAUCACUGAUAUCUUUGGAGUUGUUGGGCGUGAUAACACUCAACAGGAUGACGAUUGUAGCACCUUCAACAACGAGGGUCCUAAAAUGAAUUUGAUAUAUGAAGGAGAUAUUAAUCGUGAAGGGGAAGUUAAAGUCCCUGCAGCUACUAUUGGUAUGAAUGCAGAUGAAGCGAUGACAACAAUUUCAAAUAGGAAUAAUUUCUGCGAUGUGCAAGAGAUUAGUGGUGCUCACCAGAAUACUCAUCUCAAAGUUGCAGAUUCUGCCUUUACCAAACAUCCUUCUGUUGAUGACAUUGCAUCCGCUGCUGUGUUUGAUAUCAGCACCAAGCUUCCGGAUGAUUCAAAUUCUUUAUUUGUUUCUCCGUCUUCUGAGCAGAGUUGGAGUGGCAAUCCGCUGCACUUUCAGGGCAGCCACAAUGAAUAUCAGUUAGAAGGGUGUAUCCCACCAGAGGAGUUGAGUUUGUUCUACCGUGAUCCUCAAGGAGAGAUCCAGGGACCGUUUCUUGGGGUUGACAUCAUUUCAUGGUUUGAGCAAGGGUUUUUUGGGACAGACCUUCCUGUCCGCUUGUCAGAUGCUCCUGAGGGAAUGCCAUUCCAAGAGUUGGGUGAGGUUAUGCCUCAUCUGAAAGUUAUAGAUGGACAUGCCUAUACUACCAACAUAAGUUCCAAUGUCGAACAGCCUGGAGCUUUGGAAGAGAAAUCAGGGCUUGGUUUGCCCGCUUCUGCCCCUGUUCCUGAAAUUGCUCAUUCAUCUGACUCAAUUGACCACCGCUGGCAAUUGUCUGGGUUUGAUGGUCUACCGAUGCAGCAUGUUCAGUCAAGAAUUUCUGAGCAUGAAGGUCCAUUGCAAGCCCCAUAUUCUGAGGGUCAACGCUUUCAUGAUUUGGGAGCUCAGGAAGAAGAAAUUGUGUUUCCAGGUAGACCUGGAGGUGGUGGCAAUCCUAUAAGGAAAACUUCUAUGAGCAUUAAUGAUACUGCAACUGAAUUUACCGAAUCCGGCAUGGCAAAUCAGAAUAACAAUAAGUUGCAUCCUUUUGGGUUGUUAUGGUCUGAGCUUGAAGGCCCUUUCCCAAGGCAUAACCAGUUGUCAAAUGUGUCUUCUGGUGGUGGUGCUCCUGAUCAACUUGUCAACCCUGUAGCCGGAAGACUUGGUUCAUUUGGUGCAGUGGCUGAUUCAACUGAUGCUGCAGAGACAUGGUCUAAUGUUUACAAAAGAAAUAUGGUUCGUGGCCCCAAUUUGUAUCAAGAUGCCAUGGAUGCUCUCCGGUUGCAGCAUAUGGAUCAAGAAUCCAACCGCUUUGAUGCAUCAGAAAAGCUUUUGUCACAACAAUAUCAGCAACAGCUCAGUCUGUUAUCUCCUCAUCCCCACAUGAAUGAAUCACUGAUGGAACAAGUACAUAGUCGGAAUUCUAUUCACCACCAACAGCUGGCCAAUCAAACAGGACCAGAUCUUGAACACCUUUUGGCCCUACAGAUGCACCAGCAGCGGCAGAUUCAGCUCCAACAACAGCAUCAAUUGCAGCAACAACAUCAGCUUCAUCAACAGAAAUUGCUAUUGCAGGAGCAACAGCAGUCCCAAGCUCGGCAGCUGCUUCUUGAACAAUUGCUGCAGAGUCAAAUGCAUGAUUCUGGCCAUGGACAGUCUCGUGUUGAUGCUGUUAGAACAAACAAUGCUCUUGAUCAGGUUUUGUUGAAUCCGCAAAUUUUGCAUGAAUUACAACAGCGUUCACAUCAUGCUCCAAGGCAUGCUGAUCCAUCCCUUGAGCAUCUUAUACAAGCAAAAUUUGGUCAAACACCGCAUCAAGGGCAUCAGAGUGAUCUGUUGGAGCUUGUGUCACGUUCAAAGCAUGGACAGAUGCGCUCUUUGGAACACCAGAUGCUUCAGCAACAGCAAGAGCAGUUGCAUGCGAGGCAGUUGUCUGCGGGGUUGAGGCAGCGGAUGGAAAUGGAUGAAGAGAGACACAUUGGUUCUGUCUGGCCUGUUGAUGAAACCAAGCACUUCCUCAGAAGUCCUGCUGGUGCACACCGAACUCAGUGUGCAGGGUUUGGCCCAUUAGAUUUUUAUCAGCAACAACAGAGACCAUCCCCCGAGGAGCAGCUGAGUCACCUUGACAGGAAUCUUUCAUUGCAAGAUCAAUUUCAACGGGGCCUCUAUGAUCCUGGCUUAUUGCAAUUUGAGCGGGGAAUGUCAUUGCCUGGUGGUGCUCCGGGAAUGAACCUAGAUGUAAAUUCUAUGGCACGCGGACAAGGUUUGGAUAUGCAAGAGCCAACUGCACGAGUACACUCUGCCGGUCAAGUAAUGAGUGGGUUCUCUUCUGGUACACACACUCACCACCCUUUGGUUCCCAAUCAAUUUCAUGCUUCACAUUCUGAUGCAAUCAAGGGCCACUGGUCUGAGAACAAUGGUCAGCCACCAAAUGAGUGGAUGGAAUCUCGGAUGCGUCAAUUGCAUCGUAAUUCUGAGACACUGGCUAGGGAUUCAGAAGUUAAAAUGACUCCCGAAGAUCCGAGUUUAUGGUUGUCAGAUGCUCCUGACGACAAUUCAAAGCGUUUGCUUAUGGAAUUGCUCCAUCGAAAAUCAGGCCAUCAAUCAACUGAUUCCUUAGAUGUGAGCAACAAUGGAGUAUCUUAUGACAGAAGGGCACCUUCGGGUCGCUAUUCUGGAACAAGCUCUUCUAAUCAAUCCUUUAGUCUUUUAUCAGAUCAAGAAGCAGGUAUAAACCACUCAUAUACUGUCGGACCUUAUGACUCUAAUUCAGGUGGACCACCACAAGUUCGUUUAGCUGAUGAGGAGGCUAGCGCUUUGGAAAGCAGUGAAAGACUGCCUGUUAGAUCCAAUUCUGGAGUAUUAAUGGAAGGAGACCACUUUUUUUUGGGCGUCGAUGAAACUUCUCAAGCAAUUUACACAAAUUCCAACAUGAUUGCUAAGUCAUCUAUGGAAAGGGACUCCUCGGAUAUGGAGGCGAAAAAACAAGGAGGAUUCAAAAGUGAGCUUGGUAUGAUGAAGAACUCAGCUGCAGAGCUUCCAGAAGGCAUGGCUGAGCAGGGUGCAUUGCCUGCUAUAGACCUUGGGGAAAUGCCAAUAAAUGUCAUUAGCAGGCGUAAUUCACAAGGCAUUACUGAACUGGUUCCAGGUGGCAAUACAGCCUUCUACACUGACAAAAUUGGUCGUCGUGAUUCUUUUACAGAAGAGGUUGCCAAGGACUGGGUACCAGCUGUUGCAUCCAAAGGGCGGGACAAUGUUUUGCUGAAACGUCCACCUGUCUCACGGAAUGCAGCAUCUCAAGAAGGGCUGUCUGAGCUGUCUUCUGAUCCAGUCAUCAGAGGCAAAAAUCCUCCGACUUCAGUUCCUUAUGAAGGGGGAAGACAGGAGCCAGGGGGAAAUAAUCCAGCAAGCCAAAGUUCUGACGUUAUGUCAUCUGGCAAGAAAGAUGUAUGUUUUCGACGGACCUCGUCUUGCAGUGAUGCUGACGCUUCAGAGCCAUCAUUCAUCGACAUGCUCAAAAGCAAUGCCAAGAAACCGGCACAGCCUGAGGAUCUUUCACUGGGUGGUUUGGAGUCAUCGGAUGGAACACAGGGAGGCCGAAGUGCGAAAAAGAAAGGGAAGAAAGGGAGGCAAAUCAAUCCAGCGCUUCUGGGGUUCAAGGUCACAAGCAAUCGCAUCAUGAUGGGUGAAAUUCAAGGGAUAGAUGAUUAAUCGCAGAAUGUAUUUAGUUUUAGGAGCUUUUAUUGUAUUAUUCUUUGUUUCUUAAAAGCUGUACAGUAUACAAUUUCUGUAAAGCAUUUGCAAGUUUGAUAUUCUUUAAUUUUUUUUAUCCCCACAUUUGCAUAUGAUUUAUGAUGAUGGGGGUGAGUACAAGACCUGGUUUUUAGUUUUAGAAAUGGAUGCGGUUAGCAAAAGGUUGUACAGACGGUUUUUUUGUUAGUGAAAUUAAUCUCCUGUAUGUGAAUUGUUGUAUAGACCCUUUUUUUGUUAGUGAAAUCAAUCACAUUACGAGAAUCCUGUAUGUGAA